AUGAAUGCCAAGAAGAUCAAAGAGUGGGAGUUUGGCAAGCUCUGCAAGGAGCAUUCUGGUCAGGAGCUCUGGAGAAGACCACUGGGAGACUUCAACAUAGCUAAAGUUACCAGGAAGCCAGAGAAAGCUAGCACAGUUAUGGAACAACCAACCCUAAGCACAAAACAAUUAACUCGAAGCACAAAAAGAAAGAAGAGGAGGAGCCAGUGUCGACCCAGAUCCAUAGGUAGUGGCAAGGUGAAGAAGAUGCAGAGGGGAAUAAAAAGACUGCUUCAUACAAGUUCAAGAAAAAAAUCCUCUCGUUCUAGUACAAAAAGUCCAAGAAAGGUGAAGAGAGUGAAAAGGGCCAAGAAAUUUCGGCCUUUAGCAAAUAUUGAAUAG